CCUGAACCUUCCUAUGUAUGGUGUCUUACGCUUCCUUGUUUUCCCAGGCGGAAGGUAAAGCUCAUCCAGCCACCUCGAGGAGACGACGUGCAGGGCCCCGAGUGGCUGGAGGAGGCGGCAAGCGGGACCCUCGACGGAUGGCUGGACGGGGCCGCCACGGGUGACCUCCCCUGGGCCCCAGACAACGUCACCACCGCCACCGCCACCACUGCCACCGCCGCCGCCGCCGCCACUGCAGCUGUUGCCUGCGUCGCUAAUGGAUCGCUUGUGUGUGGCGGCGAGAACGAGACCUCCAUCUUCGACAGCCCUCCACCCUUCAGCCUUCCGUCAACAGUGUUCAUAGGAGUCUGCCUCAGUCUGUGCAUCGCCAUCACCGUCCUUGGCAACAUCCUAGUACUCAUGGCCUUUUUCUGUGAGCGAGCCAUUCGACAACCCUCCAACUAUUUCCUCGCGUCCCUGGCCGUUACGGAUAUCUUAAUAGGGUCGGUGUCGAUGCCCUUUUACACCGUGUAUGUGUUAGUCGGGUACUGGGACUUGGGACCCAUCCUAUGCGACCUGUGGCUCUCCGUCGACUACACCGUCUGUCUGGUGUCUCAGUUCACCGUCCUUCUCAUCACCAUUGACCGCUUCUGCUCCGUUAAAAUUGCCGCCAAGUAUCGCGCCUGGCGCACCAAGAAUCGAGUCAUCAUCAUGGUGCUGGUGACGUGGGUGGUGCCGGCGUUGCUUUUCUUUGUCAGCAUCUUUGGGUGGGAGCAUUUCAUCGGAUAUCGUGAUCUAGGGCAAGGCCAGUGCAUGGUGCAGUUCCUGAAGGAUCCCGUCUUCAACACCUCACUCAUCGUCGCCUACUAUUGGAUACCCCUUAUAGUCCUUUUCAUCCUUUACGCAGGCAUCUACCAAACCGCCUACGAAAUGUCCAAGAAAGCUAGAGAGAAAAGGAAGCAAGCGCAAGCCAUGAUGAACCUGGGGCCAGCGAACGUUCCGGCCAGCUCCAAGCCCACUCCCGCGCCGGCAAAGAACUCUAAACUCGCCCCAUCCAAUAAAGCCCGAAAGAACGACGUUAGCAAUAUCAUGACUAUCUCCAAGACCCAGAGCACUCUCUUGAGCCAGGACCUGCCCAGGCCUGAGCCGCAAGUCACCUGCACCACGCCAGCCUCCAUUGACACUGCCUGCUCACAAAAGACGUCCUCCAAAACCUUGGCAGACGUGACAAACUAUUUAGAGAAGAAAAUUCUGGAAAAAGAGCCAGAGAAAUCAAGCAGCGGCAUCGAGAGCGAGGACGAGAAACGCCCCAGCAACGCAAGCCUAUCAAAAGUGGAGCAACCGACAUGCAGCCUUCCGUCCGUCCUGCCACGCAGCCUGCCGGCAAUGGCCGCCCGAUGCCUUCUGGACGUAGACACCUCCAACUCCUCCCUCGUUCAGCCCACCAUUCAGCCUGUGCCGGCUGAUUCUGCAGCGGCGUUACUCAGCUACAGCCAGUGGGGCAACGGGGACCUGGUGCAGGCAGGGGAUCGGCCCCUCGGCCACCUAGACGGGCUGCCCAUCGUGCCGCCGCCGCCACCGCCGCCCCCUUCCACGCAGUUUGGCAUCAACCCCCUGGCGGCCUCCACGCCUCUUAGCCCUGUCACCGCAUCCCUCCUGGAACCUAUCGCGCCCCCGGCCAUGUUCGCCGACCUCCCGUCACCGUCUCCGCCGCCGCUGCCGUCACGCCCCACCUCGCUGGACCUGAAGGUCACCACGCCCACCGGCCCGGACUCAGUCAAGUCCAUGGACACGAGUGACAUGAGGUUCAUGGAUGAGAGCUCCAUCGUCGUUCCGUCGCCUGUGGUGGAGACGCCGCCAUCUUCCACCUGGACGCACCAGAAUGGCACGCUCUCCGCGGACGACAAGGCGCGGUGCCUCGACUCCCCCACGACGCUGCCCUCCCCCUCGAACACACUCACGCCGACCCCGAUCGCCUCUGUCAAUGGAAACGGGUCUCUCUGCUACGGCUCCGACUCAGUGCGUUCCUUCCCUAAGCCAACCUCGCCGCCACCACCUAACCCAACCCCCACAGAAGACAACACUCUGGGCCAAUCUCCACCCAGGCAGCCUGGGCCCCCGCACGCCACCGUCACCACCACCACACCAGCCACCAACACUUCCACUUCCGUCCUCGCGCCCCCUGUGCUCGCUGUAGCCCCUGAGAGUGAGUCGAACAGCAUGGACAACUUCCCCUGUCCGGUCAAUGGCGGCCUCCGGGGAGACUCCAUCGCGCAGCACAGCCAAGGACAUGAGAGCAGCAUUGAGCCGGACAGUUACGCCGAGCCUUCACAAACAGAGGAAAAAACAAAGCCUAAAAAGGAGGUCCUCAGAGCUCUCCGAAAGAAAAUCCGGCUCAAGAAGAAAAACAAAGACCCUGAGAAGGACAAAAAAUCAAAAUCCCACAACCGUGCGAACAAGGCCUUGAGGACUAUCUCGGUGAUCAUGGGCGCCUUCGUGGCCUGCUGGACGCCUUACCACAUCAUUGCCAUCAUGGAGUCAUUUUGUCAGUGCACCAACGCUCACGUUUAUAUGUUUUUCUACUUCCUCUGUUACGCCAAUAGCCCAAUCAACCCCUUCUGUUACGCGCUCGCCAACCAGCAAUUCAAAAAGACCUUCACGAGGCUCCUCAAGGGUGACUUUCAUAUGAGCUAAGCGUGAGCGUGAACCAGAUAAUGAUACAAAUAUGUGUGUGUAUGUGUUACUAAGACAACAUAUAGCUGGUUGCAUAGCGGGACCCUGCGAGUGUGUGUGUGUGUGUGUGUGUGUGUGUGUGUGUGU